AUGCCAUUUUGGCAGUUUCUGCUCUUGGUAUUCUGCCUGGAAGCUUACGCAAGAAACUUGACAAGUCAUAAUGGAUGUGUUAUCGAUCCAGCCCGCCCCUGUGAUUUCGUAAACUCAACCUGGGUUCUCGAUGACGACCCCUAUUUCCUAUGGCCCUUUGACGAGGAUGAAGCUGUCGCCAAAAAUUGGACCCAAUUCGAGGACGCCCAAAUCGAGGCCAUUUCCAAAUUCUGUUCGGUUGGCGACUAUCAACAUCGGCUGCUCCUUGCCCACUUCCACUGGAUGGCCAAGGACCAAAUUCUACUUGAAGAAAUUCGGAAAUAUUUCGGCUUAACUCCCCGCAGAAAUGGGUAUCAUCUAGAGGAGGGCCCCGCCGAAAACUAUGCAAAAAUCGAUCAAAAUCUUCAAAAAUUCCUGGAGAAAUUGAAGAAAAACGUGCCAAACGAAGUGUCGUGGCUCAAAAACUUGACUGAAACCCGAAAAUUACUGGAUGAAGAGCUACCAAUAAUUCGCAAGAUUUUUCAACUAUUUUUACAGCACCAGGAUUAUAAGGAGAUCCCGAAAUUGGAUAAAAGGGUAUCGGAGGCCUUAAGAAUCUCCAGUAAUACCUUAAAAGAAGCGAUUAUGGCCUGCGAGCUGCACAAAUUCGAGCAGGCUAGCAGCGGAUUCUUGGAGUCGGUGAAGAAAAUGGAGGCGGACAUGGCAAAGCAUUUGGUGGCU